AUGUUCCUCAUGCAUACGCCGUCGCCUGCCGUCGUGGCAGACGGAGGCACCACCGUCAUCGCCAUCAAUGCUGACCGGAAUAGCCACUUUGCCGUCAAAUGGGCGGUGGAGCAUCUUCUAAAGAAAAACUCCUCAUGCACCCUUGUUCAUGUUAGGACCAAGUCUAUGCAUCCCCAUGAUGUCGUUGAUGUACCUAAACACGGUCGUCCACCAACUGAAGAAGAAUUGCACCAAUUGUUUCUUCCCUUCCGUGGGUUUUGUGCUAGAAAAGGGAUCGCAGCAAAGGAGUUGGUCCUGCAUGACAUUGAUGUUCCAAGUGCGCUGACAGAUUAUGUCGUUGAACAUUCUAUCAGCAAUGUGGUGGUUGGGGUUGAUGCUUCCCCUUGGGGUGCUCUUGUAAGGAGAUUUAAUAAAGAUGCAGAUGUGGCAACUAGUUUAGCAAAGUCCUUGCCAGAGACUUGCACUUUAUAUGUUGUAUUAAAAGGAAAAGUACAAAUUAUCCAACCAACUGGUCAGCCUCAUCAGCAUAUUAAUGUCACACCAACGAAAACCAUAAACAACAUAGUUACUCUCUGGCAAAAUGCGCCAUUGGUUCAUUCACACAAGGUUCAUGCCAACCCCCACCCUGAUUAUGAAGAUAUAAACAGAACACCAGUUGGGAGAGACCCUAGCAAUAUUUGGGAAUCUUUACGUGAAAUAAAAGAGGCCACGUUAAAAACACCACGUAAGUGUCAUGAAGAUACCAAUUCACCAAGAUGUCCAGCGGAAUACUCCCCAUCAUCACAAAAUUCAUCAAAUCGAAAUUCUCCUGCCAACAGUGAUAGCUCAGGGCAAUUGCUUGGUCCUCAUUUGAAUGAUAAGUUACAUGGAAACCAUGAAGUAGUAGUAAAAUCAGACAAUCCUAAGGCCAUCUCUCCUUUAAAACCAUUAGGAAACUUGGAGAUGGAAAUGAGGAAACUAAAGCAAGAACUGAAAAAAACAACAGAGAAGUAUAGUAUGGCUUGCAGAGAAGCUGUUUUAGCAAAACAAAAGGCAAUGGAGCUUGAAAAGAUUAAGCAAGAAAAAGAACGCAAUGUAGAAGAAGCUAGGCAUGCUGAAGAGGCUGCAUUGGCUUUGGUAGAGAUAGAGAGGCAAAAGGCCAAAGCAGCUAUGGAGUCAGCAGAAAUGUUACAACGCUUGGCGGAAAUGGAAACCCAAAAGAGAAAGGAAGCCGAACUAAGGGCCAAGCAUGAGGAAGAAAAGAGGAACAAAGCAUUACAUGAAGUUGUAUGUAAUAGCGUUCCGUAUAGAAGAUACAAUAUUGAAGAAAUUGAAGCUGCAACAGAUAACUUUGACAAUGCUUUGAAAAUUGGUGAAGGGGGAUAUGGACCAGUGUUUAAAGGCUUGCUUGAUCACACUGUUGUUGCCAUCAAGGCUGUGAGACCAGACAUGGCUCAUGGAGAGAGGCAAUUUCAACAAGAGGUUAUUGUUUUGAGCACCAUAAGACAUCCAAACAUGGUGCUUCUCCUAGGUGCAUGCCCAGCGUUCGGAUGCCUUGUGUAUGAGUACAUGGAAAAUGGGAGCUUAGAAGAUCGUCUAUUCCGGAAAAAUAACACCCCGCCAAUUCCAUGGCAAACACGUUUCAAAAUAGCGUCUGAGAUUGCGACUUGCCUUCUUUUCCUUCACCAAACAAAGCCUGAGCCACUUGUGCACCGUGACCUUAAGCCAGCAAACAUUCUCUUAGACAAGAACUAUGUCAGCAAGAUCAGUGAUGUGGGUUUGGCAAGGCUUGUUCCCCCAUCUGUGGCCAACAAAACCACUCAAUAUCGCUUAACAGGUGCAGCUGGAACGUUUUGCUACAUUGAUCCUGAGUAUCAACAAACGGGGUUGUUGGGUGUGAAAUCAGACAUAUACUCAUUAGGUAUGGUGUUGCUACAGAUUAUUACUGCAAAGCCUCCAAUGGGUUUGUCACACUUGGUUGAAGAGGCUAUUGAAGCAGACACUUUAACACAAGUGCUUGAUCCAAGUGUAGAUUGGCCUGUUGAAGAGACCUUGUCAUAUGCCAAGUUGGCUUUGAAGUGUUGUGAGUUGAGAAAACGUGAUCGACCAGACCUUGGUUCUGUUAUUUUGCCUGAGCUGAAUCGAAUAUCAAGGAUAUGGUACUAUGAGGAGCCGCUCAUAGAUCAUGGUUCUUUGCAUUUUUGA